CCGCGGUGGUCCACACCCUCGGCGGGGCCCCGCCCCCUGGGUAAGGGGCCGGGGCGGGCUCUGGGGCGCUCAGACGCCGCGCGGGGCGGGGAUUGGUUAGCGCUCCUCUCUCGGCUCCCGGCGGUUCGCGGCAGCCGGCGGUUCCCGGGACACCUGCUAGCUCAGCCGGUCCGGCGGCGAGGGGAUUCCCUGCCGCGCUCCCUCCCGCCGCCCGGUUCGCUGGCCCGUGAGAAAGACUGCCCGUCCAGUCCCCGGCCCCCGACGGGACCGCGCGUCGCGCCGCUGAGCCGUCGCUGGGCGAGAUGAGCGAGGACGCGGCGGCCGGGGCGCCCCUGCCCCGGCUCUGCUGCCUGGAGAAGGGUCCGAACGGCUACGGCUUCCACCUGCAUGGGGAGAAGGGCAAGGUGGGCCAGUUCAUCCGGCUGGUGGAGCCUGGCUCGCCGGCCGAGAAGGCGGGGCUGCUAGCCGGGGACCGGCUGGUGGAGGUGAACGGCGAGAACGUGGAGAAGGAGACUCACCAGCAGGUGGUGAGCCGCAUCCGCGCCGCGCUCAACGCCGUGCGCCUGCUGGUAGUCGACCCCGAGACCGACCAGCAGCUGCAAAAGCUCGGCAUCCAGGUCCGGGAGGAGCUGCUGCGCGCCCAGGAUGGGCCGGGGCAGGCCGAGCCGCCGGCUGCCGCCGAACAUGAGCUGCGAGCCGCCGCGUCCGAGCCGGAGAAGAGCCACUCGGAGCGGCGCGAGCUUCGGCCUCGGCUCUGUACCAUGAAGAAGGGCGCCAACGGCUAUGGCUUCAAUCUGCACAGCGACAAGUCCAAGCCCGGCCAGUUCAUCCGAGCGGUGGACCCAGACUCCCCAGCUGAGGCUUCGGGGCUCCGGGCCCAGGACCGCAUUGUAGAGGUGAACGGGGUCUGCAUGGAAGGCAAGCAGCAUGGGGAUGUGGUGUCUGCCAUCAAGGCUGGUGGAGACGAGGCCAAGCUGCUGGUGGUAGACAGGGAAACCGACGAAUUCUUCAAGAAAUGCAAAGUGAUCCCGUCUCAGGAGCACCUGAAUGGUCCCCUGCCUGAGCCCUUCACCAAUGGAGAAGUACAGAAGGAGAACAGUCGUGAAACCCUGGCAGAGGCAGCCUCCGAGAGCCCCAGGCCAGCCCUGGCGAGAUCCAACUCCAGCGAUACCAGUGAGGAGCCAAAUUCCCAAGACAGCCCCAAGAAACAUGACUCCACGGCGCCCUCAUCCACCUCCUCCGACCCCAUCCUGGACUUCAACAUCUCCCUGGCUGUGGCCAAAGAGAGAGCCCACCAGAAGCGCAGCAGCAAACGGGCCCCGCAGAUGGACUGGAGCAAGAAAAACGAGCUCUUCAGCAACCUCUGAGCGCCCUUCUGCCAGCCACCCACCCCGUCUCUCUCCCUCCUCCCCAGUUAGUCCCCUGAAUCGAAUCGACAUAAGAAUCAGCACCAGCAUCUCCUUUCUUGACGACGAGUCUGAUUUUUCUAGAGAACUAUGUUCUUCCCUUGCCUCACGGAAGGUGACUGUUUUUCUGUCCUGCCCCAAUCAGAAAGCAGACUCUGUUCCCCUCCUCCUCACUGAGUGCUUCGUCCUACCAGGUGUACCCUUGCCACCCCUGCCUGGGACAUCACUGGACCUGCACCAAGCAAGGAUCGCGGGACCAGGCGAGAGGGCAUCUUCCCUCGCAAGCCCACGUGAUGACUGGGUCCAGGGCUGAUCAAGGAACUCUGAUUGCAGCAGCCACAGCUCACAGCGGACAGGGCGUCCGUUAUCCCGAGGGCUGUGGCUUAGGCAUCUUAUUUUCAUUCAUUUAUGUUUUUUUUAAGAGUGCAGUUUUGCAGCAUUUAGAGGAAUUUUUGUUUCCUUGAUUAACAUGAUUUUCCUCGUUGUUCCGGGGCAUAGCAGUGGCCUCAGCCUUAAACUUUUGUUUCUACUCCCACUCUCAGACCUCGGCAGCACGGGGAGAGCUUGGCUACCCGCUGCCCCUCCCUGAGCCAGGCACCACCAUUGUAAGGAAACUCCUUCGGAAAUGCAACUGGUUCCUCCAAA